AUGAGAGGCAUGAUUCUCUACACCACAUUCCUCAUACUACAGAUUGCCAAAGAGCUUGUUUAUCACAUGAUCUUUAGGACCACGUCGACGAGCCGCAUCCGCUUUACCAUCGCUGACUUAGAGCCUGCUACAUUCAGGACUGUCGCCAAUCCUCCAGUGGACACAUUGGCCUUGGCGGGAUCCAGCUGCUACCAAGCGCUCUUGGCGAGACUCCUGUCCCUCUAUGGGGCAAAUGAGGCGAUGCCAGAUUAUCCCAGUGUGGCUCAAAUAUACAGCGAACUUCGUGAGACGGCUAUCAUGCUUCUCCAGCAGGAGAAUGAUCCGUCCAUCACACGAUUCAGAGCUGAAUUGAGGCAGUUGUGUGUCAUAACCGAAACGGAUGUAUACCGUAUUGGGUGCCCAAAUGGAGCUCAAGCUGCCGGGCCGACUGCAUCGCAUGCCAACUGA